GGAAGGAGCAUCAUAAGUACCCUUUCGCUUCUACUGCCUUUUUCUUGGGACGGAGCAGCAAAAAACUAUUCUUCUUCUUCAAGCAAAACCCAUAACCUGUCUCACUCUCUAUACUCUCAGUCUCUGGCUCACUCUUUUAGCCAAGUCCUUCAACCAACCCAUUGAGUGUUUCACGUACAUUCUCGUUGAAGACGGAAAAUUUCUGCAGAUACAAUCCACGCAGUCUGGGUUGUUUUAAAGUUAUGGAUGAAAACGGCGUGGAAAAUAGUAGUGGCUUUCUGGUGAAAAGAAGAGUUAAAAGGGCAUCAGAGGAUAGAAUUUCGAAACUACCUGAUUCUAUCAUCGUACACAUUCUGUCGUUUCUCCCCACCCCUGAUGUCGUUCCGACAUGUCUCCUUUCAAAGCGUUGGAAGCUGAUGUGGUAUUCAGUUCCCAAGCUCUACUUAUCUGAUAAUGAUUGGUCCCCAGAAAAGUUCUUCAAUUAUGUCGACAGUUUCUUGGAACACCGCAAGAAGGGUAUGUAUUUUAUUGUGGAUUCUGUCAUAACUAGUUUUCAGCUCCAUAUGGAUUGCUAUCACACAAGCAAAGCCACUCGUCUGGAUAAAUGGUUAACUUUUGCAGUUGAGAAUAAAGUCAAGGAAAUACAUCUUAACUUGAAUUUUUGCGACGAAGGGGGUUAUUACUGCAUACCUAAACUAGUAGUCAACUCAAAAGAUUUGGUUAUUUUGGAGUUGGUAGGGUUAACGUUGAAGACUUGUUAUUCAGUUAGACUUCCAGCAUUGAAAACUUUGUCAUUGACAUAUGUUUACUUUGAAGAGAAUGAUGCGAUAUGUAACUUUUUGUGGGGUUGCCCUUCCCUUGAGAAAUUGCUGCUAUCAAGCUGUGAUUUAAUUGAAAUUGGUGAUGUGCUCCGUUUACAAAGUAUAAGCCUUAAGUUCAUGAAAAUUGAAUAUGAGGAUUGUGUGUUAUAUACUGUGUUACCUAUUCAAGUUGAAGCCAUAAAUCUAGAGUGUUUGGAACUGGAAAGACCUAUCUUUGAAAGCUCCAAUCUUUCUACAUGCAAGGCAAUUAGAAAUCUCUCACUAGAUUUUUGUGGUUUGCCUAUGAAAGAUGAAGACCCGUCAUCAUUAGAGUAUCUAAUUUCAAACCUUCCACUUCUAGAGAUUUUGACUUUGAAGAACUCCCAUAUAUUGAAGUUGGAGCAUAUUAAAAUUUCGAAUCAACGGUUGAGAAGUUUAAAUUUGAAGAAUAGGUGGUAUACUAAAGAUGAUUAUGAAAUGAAUGUUAUAAUUGAAUCAGCUCCACAAUUAGUAUCUUUUUGUUAUGAAGGUAAUAUCAACUUUAGUAUAUCAACGGAGUCAUCUAAUUUGUUGAAUGGAAAAUUUAUAAUUCUUCCGCAGCAUGACAAUUAUGACGCAAAUUGGUUUACCAGUCUGAUGAAUUUUCUUCUUAAUCUUAAUUGCUCUUGGAAUAUUGUGACUCUGCAUGUUAUGUCAGAUAAGGUUAUCAUCUUGCCAAAAAAAUUCAAAAGAAUGUGUCAAUCUCCCUUGCUUAAUUGGAAGCAUCUCAGCGUUAUUACUGAUCAGAAGCCUGAGAGAGAAUCGGACUUGGAAGAUGUUUUGAUAUGGAUUUCACUCUCGUUGGAAACAUUAUCUAUUAAUGGAAAGAUCAUAUUUUAGCUGUAAUGGCUGAUUAAGAAUGGUGUUUUUUAUUUGUUUUAUCUGCUUAGUGCUUAAUUUAGUCCUUUUGAGUUUUGAGACUGUAUCAUCAGUAGCUUAGUACAAAUUAAUUUGAUUACUCAGAUUAUCUUUACAUGGAUGUCAUCUUGCUUGAAAACUUUCGAUCUAUAACAACUUUAGUGAAU